CUAAUGUCCUAUCUGGCGACGCGAGCUAGCUCUGAAAGAUGGAAAUCGAACUCGGAAGCUGCGCCGACAUUUGUGGUUUGGCGAUCGACGGGGCUCUGACCGACGGCAGACCGGUCGAUGGUUACUUUCUUCUUCACGUGUGCAAUCAGCCCCCGCUCGUGUUCCAUUUGCACCUGUCCCAACCAGCCAAUAGCGUCUAGUUGUAAGCGAUCGUGCACAUGGACGUGCAAGUGAACAGCAAGUGUAGAUACAAGCUCUGUUCGAGAGAGGAGUUGUGUUCCCGUGUGCGUGUGUGUGUGUGUGUGUGUGUGCGUGUCUGUAUGUGUGUACGUACGCGUAUGUCCCGGAGCACCGUAGCCGUGUAGUCACUUAACGCCACCCUGACUAUCUUAUCAGCUAACGUUUAGUAGGACAUCAUGUAGUUAGCUGAAUGAGCGUAUUGUGUUCUGCAGAAUACGCGCUGCGUAUGUACAUGUACGGUGUACAUUGCAUGCAUGGAUGUAGCACUUGAGUGAGGGUGUCAGGUAAUGGCCCAUGCAUGACUGGUCUCUGCACAGGAGGUAUGUCUUUUGAGCGAAACAAAACUGAAUAGCAUAUUCACGCUUGGUUAAAGCGACUGACAGAAUCUCGCCUCUGCUAGUGCACUUUCCACACCGGUAGGGAGGAAUUACGGCUGAAAGCCUCCCUUUGACUGGAGCGACAGCAGAGGAGAGUUGGGGGGACAAUGAAGGGCGGCCAUUGAAGAUAAUUGUGUUCCACAGAUUUAAUCGUGUUGUGUUCCCAUUUCAAAUACACGCACGGCUCUUGUGAACGGAUCUUCGAUUCUGCGCAUGCCUGCGCGAGUAACACACGCACGUUCACUCGUCUAUUAUGAGUACGCAGUCAUUGCUCCAGCCGAGGACGGACAUAAUAACAUUGUGUAAUCUGCACGAUACGCAGCAGUAGACGUCGUGUUUCAACAGCGAUAUCAUCGCACAUCGGACUCAGCGAGGAUCGUCCAGACCUUGUGGAGCUCUGCAACAGUCACUCUCCUUCUGGUCGGCUCAAGCUUUCAUUCACCGCAGAACACCAGCAGAUGUGCAGCGGAAAGUGCUCGCGACUGAUGAAAGCACACCCAUCAGGAUCGAUACGAAUCAAUGCAGUCGCAGUGUACGUGUGUGUCUUGGGCAGUAAACACUCUCAACCUUUGAAGAAGACGGGCAGCGGACUGGAUUGCCAGGUCUAUUAAGGUCCCUUCUUGGCAGGGCUCCAGACCUUCUUGAUCUCAGUCGUGAUAGUGACUCUACUGUGUUGAACUUGAAGGUAGUCGGUUCAUACACAUUAUUAGUCUUCAGCGGAACCUCCUCACCUCCAAGCCUGGGUCUAUCUGACGUGUAUACGUGAGCCAAAGCCUAUCGCGACUUCACCCUUGCUGAGUCUGCAGCAGAUAUAUACCGUAGCCGGUGAGCUAUGCAAGUGUUAGAUGCGUUCUCGUCCAGUUGCUCUCACAGUGGACCAGCAGGCAUGCAUCACUAUACGGACAGAGGCAGCCCUCCAGACCUGCCACGCCAUUUCAAGUAUCCCGGUGACCUCCUGGAUCAGCCCGCACAGCCUGCUGCUGCUGCAAGUAUGAUGUGCUUGCCACCGCCUCCUCCUCAGCAAGACCAGCAACUGCAGCAGCAUCAGCACACCAGUGCAGGAGUAGCGAUGCGUGGCCAAGACGGUCAUCACUCUUCCCAAGCCCUCAGUGCCGCAGCUGCAGCGGUCUCCUCCGUUCCGAGUUCAGCAGCCACCGGAGCUGUGACAAUGGCUACGCCAGCUCAGCCCACAAGUCUGUCCAUAGAGCAGACCCACAGCUCUAGUAGUGAUCUUCUGUCGCCGUUGACUCCGGCUGGCGAUAGCCUGGGUUACUGUCAAGAGGUAGUGCGGGCUUAUGAUCGAGAAGUGAAACCCAAGAAGGGUCGCUCGGCACAGUCCAGUACCAAGCCACCAUACUCGUACAUUGCCCUCAUCUCCAUGGCAAUCUCUUCGACUCCUGACAAGCGCCUAACACUGGGUGAGAUAUGCGACUUCAUCAUGGACCACUUUCCCUACUAUCGCGAGAAGUGGCCCGCCUGGCAGAACUCUAUUCGCCACAACCUCUCACUGAAUGACUGCUUUGUGAAGAUACCACGCGACACUAACAACCCAGGCAAGGGUAACUACUGGGCCCUAGACCCAGCCAGCUCCGAUAUGUUCAAGAAUGGCAGUUUCCUGAGACGCCGCAAGAGGUACACCAGACGUCCGACACACCGGAUGUUCCUGGGUGACGCAUCAGCCUACAACAGUGACAUGGCCAUGUACUACGGUGCCCUGGCUGCAAACGGCGGCGCAGGGGCCAUGCCCGGGUUUCCACCGCCUCACCUCUACCCGUGCCACGGUAUGCCCGGACAGCAAGGCACUGGCGGACCGGCAACAGUUCACGAGCACUUCGCGCAGAUGGCCCAGGGGCACUGUUCGGAGUGGCCUGCGUCCGUGCUGACUGAGCAUGCUCAACGUCGCCUCGAUGCCGAGGCGUGUGGACCGUGCUAUGACCCUAGCGAGUGGGCUGCAGGACAUACCGGGUCAGCUACACAAAUAGUGCCUGAUGCUGCUGAUAGUGCUCUGCCAAUACUGGUGGAUCCAUCUCCUGCUCAUCUGCCCGCUACCAGCACCAGCAGUGAUGUGCUGUCCUCUCUGAUGUCAGGAUGUUCGGAGGGAUCACCACCACCACUGAGGCCACUGUCCAACCACAGCCUGGUAACGGCACCUGAUAGCUAUCAUUCGGAUCUGCUGCUGCAGGGGAUUACAUCAUCGAAUAGCAGACUUGACGCCGGCAGUGCUGCAGGGCCACUAGGUCGUCCGGAAUUUCAUCCUGCCAGUGUAACGUCUGCUGCUCAGCUGCAUUUGGGCACGUCUGCUGCUGACAUGAUGCCCUCCACAGCUCCGACCAGCGUGCCCGCCUCGUCAGCAGCAGCAGUCGCGGCGGCGGCGGCGGCUGCUGCUGGCAUGUCCAGUGGUGGCCUGCCCGCGUCGAUCAGCCAAGUCAUGCACCAGCAGCAGCAACAACAGCAGCAGAGCAUGGCGCAGUCGUACCGGAGUGUAUGUCUGACGCCUCCGACACCGCUAUCGGCAAGGGACGUGUACGGCGUUCCAGAGUAUCAGCUACCGGUGUCAAGCAGCCACUCUGGCGGUUUCCACGGCGAUCCACUGCCACCCUACCCUCAUCUCCACCACUGCACCGCCUAAUGCAAGUGUGUUAGCACCGCGUACGUGUCCGCUCUACUCAGCCUGCCUGGAAGACCUCACUAGUCUUGCUCUUGUUUUCAUUGACACAGCUAAUGCAAGAGUGUUAGCACCAAAUACUAGUACUUAUCUCAGCUUGCCUGGAAGCAUUCAGUCUUGCUCUUGUUUUCAUCGACACAACCUUGAUCCCACCCAGUGUUUUAUAUGACAACAUCGCACUGCAUGUUGUGUCCCUACAGUCCUAAUUGCCUUGAUUGAUUAGAAUGGUGCGCUUUCACUUCGACUUUCCUUUAUCCAUGCCACCACGCACCCUGAUGAUAAACACGUUUGAAGGUAAUGGUGAACUUUUUGAACUCAAAAUGACAUCAUUAGUUGUAAAUGAUGCAAUUUGGGAGAUCCAUCAGACUCGAACACAUUGACUUCACUUCAAUCAUGCAUUAUUUGACCAUUUACCGUGACUGUUGAUAACGUUUACUGCGGAAGCCGCAUGUGAGUAGCUAGUGAUUCCGCUCACGACACCAGCUAGCCAGUGUCAGCAUCAUUUUCACAUACGAGCACUGCGGCCUAGCCUUGCGUGCAUGCGUCAUUUGCCUCCUCCUCCACCUGCGACUGCACAUGCCAUACGCAAUCCUAUCAUGGCACUGAUAUGAUGCAUCCGACAAUCAAUAAUCAUUUCCACCGCGACGCAGCAUUCCGGACCCAUGGCGCAGUACUAUUACUGUAUGAUGAUUGCAGUCACCAUGGUCACAGCAUUCGCUCAGUUUGAUUUUGCUAAACUUCCUCCCUACCCCGCAUCUUUACCUGUAUGAUCACAACUCAUGCCUGAUACUGCCAUACCAGCCAGCCUGCUGAGUGAGAAUAACCUGCGACUUGACCCAUCUGAUCAGAUCAACACAGUGAUGGAAGGACAACAGUCAACACUGCUUUACAUGAUAACUCGGUGCACUGAUAA